UGCACACGCGCCCGGCGAGCGGAAAAAGAACGUUUGUGACACGAACUGGCAGAAGGAUGCACAUGGAGCCUGUCCACAGGCUGAGCUCCACACAUUCAGCCCCCCGACGAUGGACUUCGCCGGUUAUAGUCGUAAUAUAAUCUCUGAUUUAAAUUUGGUGUCGCCCCUUCGGAGGUGAGCCGGCUUGCAGUGACAUGGUAAUAUUUUGUGAAUGGCACCGGACAGCUAUGGACCAGAAGAGCAGGAGCGGUGAAGACACUGGUUUGGGGGCUUUGGCCUCACCACUGGUGGGGUAUUUGGGAAAAGUUCAGGAAAGAGCGGCUUUACUGGAGUAUUGUCCGUGGUGUACUUCAAAGGGCUUGAUCUAUGCUCUGCGCUCUUACCGCAUUAACCUCCAGGAGUCAAUCAUCCUCUGCACAAACCCACAGUGCCUUUUCCCUCUGGUCAGCCGGCCCCUGGAAGAUGUUUUGGCUAGCUUGGUUCCUGUGGAGCUCACUGUCGGGAACAAAAGAAAGAAUGCCUUGGCACUGGAAAAGGAAGAGCUCAUUAAACCUGCACGCAAACGUCUGCGAUCAAGUGAACUCGACACUCUUGGGACACAAAGUAUUACUGACACAGUUAUCAGCCAAACAGAGCAUGAUGCUGUAACCUUUGUCAGUAAUGGCCAGUGUGCUGCACCCAAGACAGAUGGUGAAAAGGUAAAUGGAUAUCACACGGAUUCUCUAGUUUCAGGGACAACAGGAUGGAAAUCGCUACAAGACGAGGAUGAUGUUCUGGACGAGGAACCAGAGAAUCCUGCUCCUGCAGAUGGUCUUGCUCUUCCUACAUGCUCGGUCUCAGCUGGACACCUGCAGUCCUUAUCAGAUACCUUGUUGACCAAUGGGGACGAGACUGUGCGCUCUCCUGGUGGUGCUCUUGGAAUAUCAACGGUACAGGAUGACUUCAGCCAGGCGAAGAGUCUUCCUGAGGCACUUAACAAACCCUCCAUUUGCAGUCAGUCCUUUUUCACAAAUGAGGACAUUCGUUCAGCUGAAAUCAAUAGUCCAUCACCUCGGCACAAUGAGCAGACAGCAAGGUUAGGACAGAAAUCACCGGCUGCAGACAUCACCACAUGUAAAGACACGCGAGUCAGUAAAUCAGAAACCGAGGCUUUGUCCUCUACCACGAGAACAAAGCCGGAGGAGCUCGUGCCCAUUCCCAGUCAGCUUUUCUGGAGGAACAGCAACCACCUGUGCUGGUUAGACUCACUGCUUGUCGCUUUGGUGAACUGUAAGAGCUUGAGAAAGUGUAAACCUAAAGAUGAGCCUCAGCAGUCGUCUGUCUGGCGACUGAUAAGAGAAUAUGAAGACAUCUGUGCUGAGCUCCAAGUCCAUCAGCAGUCUGGCAGAGAUGGAAUCAUGAGGGUGCCCAGUCGCAUGCUGCAAAAGGCCAACGCAGACCUACAGAGGCUCAGGAUGUCGAUCUUCAAACUACUGCAGCCCAAGCUGCAGUGCAAACUGGGUCAGAGGGAAACUCCAGUGUUUGCCUUGCCGCUUCUGCUCACGAUGGACUCCUGGGUGGAGCCUCUCUUCCAGUUAACCUUUCACUGGGAGUUUAAGUGCAGUGAAUGCAAAACGGCCACAAAAGAAAGGGUUCUGAAGACUCUCCCCAGCUUCACUAACGUUGCGCCUAAUUGGCAUCCACUUCAUGCCGUUCACAUGGCACCGUGCAACGUGUGCUACAAGAACAAUCAGAGGAGGACAAUGAUGCUGGACAGUGUGCCACCGGUGUUCCAGCUGCACUUUGUAGAGGGACUUCCUGACAGUGAUGUCAGAAUCUACUCCUUCACCUUUAAGGGGAAAUGCUACUCCGUCACCACCGUCAUACAGUACAACCAGCAACUAAAGCACUUUGUCACCUGGAUUGGUAAUUCUGAUGGAUCGUGGUUGGAAUAUGACGACUUGAAACAUCCAGACUGUAAGAUCUAUCCAAAGCUCCCAGUCCCUGCUGAGGAGAUCCACGUUGUUUUCUGGGAGACGCAGGACGAUAAAGAGCCUCAAGCCUGUUCUCCCUCCAGCACAUUUGUCGAACAUAGAAACAACCUGAACCUUAGUCCAGGUGACAAAGACUUAAUCCCGGAUGAGCUGUCGGUUCAUACUGUGGAUCACUCUCUUAUGUCUCACAAUGACACUGACGUCAUUCGUGCACUCUCAGAAUUUGAAGACUGCAGCAGCAUCAUGGACACAACGGUCACAGCUGGUGUUGACGCAUCAAUAGGUUCCACAACACUGCUCGACACCUUUGAGGGCCUUAGCCAUGAUGACAUCAUCACGCUCACACUGGUGGAAUUGAAAGCAGAUUCAGAAAUGCAGCCUGCAAAUGAUUGCGGACAAACACAAGAUCUGAGUGUUCCCAGCAGGAGUGAAAUACUCGACUCUUCUCCGGAUAGCUCCUCAACUCAAACAGGAGGCGAAAAGACUAACAGUCCUGUUGUUGAGCUCCCCACAACCUCCAACUCAUCUGAAACUGAGGAUGACUCGUCAAGUGAUCCUACAUUUGUGCCUGGUGGCAGGGGAGGGAGAGGGACUGGCAGAGGCAAAGCCGCUAGCAGACAAAUGGGUAGAAAGGCAGCCUCGUCCGAAACAGCUCCACAUAUUUCACACCACCCUGCAUCAUCAAAGCCAUCUGAAGUAAUCACUGUCAGACCCACGAGUGCUGCUGCUCAGGAUAACACACCACAUGAUGAGACCACACAGCCAGCGUCUCCUGUGUCUUCUACAGACGCCUCAAUCCUGUCCACUACUCAGAACAGUCCCACAGUGCAAACUCUAAAUCAGAAUAGCCGCUGGUCCUUCCUGCUCAGCAAACACCCGCUCCACCAACUUCAGAAGCCCAUUACGAAACACGCCCCCACCCCGGCCACCAAAGCAAAGCCCACUCCUCUCACUCAAUCUACCCCCAACCCUGUGAGAAGACCGCAGUUCCCCGGAGGACUCAUCCCUAAACCUCAGCUCAGGACAGAGGAGGGUGACAGUCUCCCGCUGAAAGCAGCAGAGAUGUACGGUGCCUUUGGUGCUAAGAGCUCAAGCACCCGGACUCCGCCGCUCCCAUUUCCUGCACUCCUCAACGUCAAAUCAAAGCGGGUCCAACCCGUAACCUCCAACAACCAGAAGUUACUAAUGAACACAACAGUGGUGUCUGGUACAUCACUUCCUAUGCCUGCAGCAAAGGGGCUCCCUGAAAUAUCCUCCUCAAAGAAACACAGCAGCCAGUCCUCGAAGGUUCCUCCAGGUCUCAGCGACACUGAAGCACUCAGGUACAAGCUGUUAAAGAAGCUGAAGGCAAAGAAGAAGAAGCUCGCUGUGCUAAAUGAAAAGUUAGGUCAUCAGGGUGGAGACAGCCUCCGACCAGACAGCACUGACUUGGGCUCUCCAAACACCGUCACCUCCAGUACCUACGACAGCUCCAUCUGUGACGACUUCCUCUCUGACCUGCUCUCGCCGGCCACCACAGCCAGCAACCUUUCACCGGACAGCUCUGGCUUCCUUGAGCGGCUUGCCAAUGGGCAAGAAGGAGUCGACCAGCUGGACUGCGGCGUCAGUGAGGUUGGUACAGCACCACAGGUGAACAUGUCUAUGAAUGAGCCCAACACCGAAAGCUUCCUGGACGACUUCUUCUUGCAGGCUGUGGCUCAGAGGCCGACUGAGGCGGAGACCGAGGCACUGAGCGGACUCGAACUUUUCUUUUAAGACGUCGUCCAAGCCUCGAAUUUACACCUCAUCUGUCACGCAAUCAUGUAGCAGCCUGUUUCACGUGCAAGUCUAAAGUCGUUUUCUCGUAUUUAUUUUGCUGUUAAUUUAGAUGAGUUAAUUAAGUUUGUAUGACAUUAAGUGAUGUCGUUGAACCAUGGAUGAAAUGUGUAACUUUGUUCACAUCUUGAACUUUGUUCUGCACUUUAUAGUGUAUAUAUUUGAUGUAACUGGGUUGUAUGAAGGCAUCGUGUAGACAGUCGAAGCUGUUUGCCCUGUUUUGUAUUUGAAAACUUGAAAAUUAUGAAAUUUGUUUUGCCAUUUAAUAAAUACUAUAAAUGAAUGCA